CCCUAGCAUUGGUUCUUUUCGACCUUCUUCAAUCCUCGAACCCGAACGAAAACUGAGCUCGGCCGUAGACCCCCUUCGAAGUUUGAACGCGUCUCUGAUGAUCUCACUCGGAUUCUCUUCACUUCAUUAGAACGAAAGUUGAACUCGAACGCAUCUCUGAUUCGAGUAUUCGACUGAACCUAAACGCAUGUGAGGACUGAGUUCGAACGCAUCUGAGAACGGCAGAACGCAUCUCCGUUGCAUCUCACAUCACUGAUUCCCUGAUUUAAAACGCAUCUGAUUUCAAAGUUUGUGGGCAUCUGAGUUCGAACGCAUCUCUGUCGCAUCUGAGAACGCACCUCCGUCUCUCCCUCUCUCCCAAGGCCGAGUACUCGGUUGAUCAAGCUAUAGGAGAGCUGCUUUGCAUGCGUUUGGUGUUUGAAGAGGCUAUCUAUAUAGCAAAAUGAAUCAGUUCUCCUAGAAUGGUUUUACCAACUGAAAAUUAAGGGGAGAACUCUGACUAAACGACUUUGGAACUGGUGUAAAUGACUGAAGGAAAGCAAGAAAACUCCAAAAGGUGGAAAACGUGGCUGGUAAGGCCAUGAUGGAUGGAACUGGAUAAGAUUAUUCAACCUACUCAUCCUAUGAUUGCCAUAAAGAUUCAUGGUGGACAGCAAAAAGGCACAGGGGGCGUGUGAGAUGGGAUGAGGCUAAUAUUGAAGAAAUUGAGGCAAACAAACCUGUGAGACAGAAAAUCAAUGAACCUAAGACUCCAUAUCACCCGAUGAUUGAUGAUGAUUGUUCUCUGUCCCCUAUAAGAGGACGCUUUGAGACAUGCAUUGAUGGCCACAAACAAGCAGUUGAUGCUGAAGCAAUAUGCACUGCUUUGAAUGAUGUGGCCUCUUCCAGCAGUAUGAGCACCAAACGAUCCGGUGGCUGGACAUCAUCUGAGGAUGAGGCAGAUGAAAUGAUGCUGGAUGAAGAUUCUGAUACAGAUAAGAGCAAGAGGUUUAAAGAGCAUAGACGAGCUCACUAUGAUGAAUUUCUCAAACUGAGAGAGCUGCAACGGAAGGGUUCUUUUCUGGAAGGUGAUAGAGAUGAAGAUGGUGAUGAUGAUGUUGAGCAUGAUACGGCAAGGAAAUGUGACUCAUCUUCCCUAAGUGCUAGUGUGAAGGAGAUAGACAUUAAGGACGCAAAUUCUCCCAUGGCCUCAAGCAAAAAGUAGUUCUUAGUGGCCUGCAAAUAAUUCAAAUUUGAUUUCGUCAUUAGGAGAUGACAUUAAACUGUAAAAACUCAAAUCCCUUGUAUCUGUUGUGUAAAUACUACUGAUUAGUUCUUCAUCAUUUCCCUCAGUACUAAAUUGUAGACUUGCAUGAUGCUUGUACAGCUGUGCACACUUAAGUUUGAUCAUGACUUCUAGAGAUUUGAAUUUUUGUCAUA